AACCCUUACUCACCCCCAUUUGCCAGGGUCGGGGUUUUUGUUUAAAGUCCCAUACAAGUCUAUGGGAAAUAUAUGUUACUGCAUAACUGCCAAACAGCUGGAGAUAUUUCGAUAAUGUGAAAUAAAAAUAUAUAAUAGUUAAAUUAACCCCUAACUUGCCCCCAUAUGUGAAGUAUGGGUUUUUGUUUCAAGUCCCAUGCAAGUAUACAGGACUUCUGGUGCCGUACUCAACAAGCUCAGUUCUGCAUCUCCUGGUGAAUACGUCAGUCCGUCUGUCCAAAAGACAGAAGAUUCCGUAAAAUACUGUAGCACAUGGGGAAUGUAUCACUUUAAGACCUUUGAUGACAGAACUUUCAGCUUUGAAGGAAAAUGUACAUAUGAUUUCUCCAUGGACUGCCACUCUGAAACUCCUUUCUUUCAUAUCACCAUACACAGACCGACGGCAGGAGAAAACAACAUAAUAUAUUUUACAGCAAAUAUUAAUAAUGUCUACAUGAUUGUGAGUCCAGAAGGAGUCUUCGUAGAUGGCCAAGACUUCAUGGAAUAUGAGAAAAAGAAUGGUGUUGAAGUGAAGGAUAAUUGUGACGCCAUUGUGAUCUCAGCAAAAGGUAUAACGGUUAUUUGGAACUGGGGAGACAACCUCAAGGUGGAGUUAGAUGAGCAGUACAAGAAGAGGGUUUGUGGAUUGUGCGGCAAUUACGAUGGCAGUGGCAUGAAUGAUAUCCAGUGGAAAGGACUCAACGUAUCUUAUGUUCUUUUUGGCAAUCUUCACAAGGCGAGUGAUCCUUUACGAGACUGUGAAGAUGUUGUUGAUAAUACUCAGGAACAAGGCUCUCUUGAAAUAGCCAGUAAUUGUAAAGAUAAGAGAGAUCAUUGUGAGGCCAUCAUGUCACAAAUGGGAGACUGCAAGUAUAAAAUGAAAAGUUAUAAUGUCUAUCUGGACACUUGCAUGGAGGACUUGUGUAAAUGUGCUGAAAAAAAUGAAACCACAUGCCUGUGUAGUAACCUGAACCAGUUCUCUAAAGCAUGUGUGGAGGCCAAAGGACACCCUGGAAUGUGGAGACGCCCAGAUUUCUGCUAUAUCAGCUGCCCUAAGAACAUGGAAUUUUUUGAAUGUGCUUCCCCAUGUCCUAAUACUUGUUCCAACCCCACAGCUAGUAAACUGUGUACUGAGCAGUGCAAAGAGGGGUGUGCUUGUCCACCAGGAACUGUUCUGGAUGAUGUGAAUCAUACUAAGAAAUGUGUGAAACAAAGUCAGUGCCCUUGUGUCCAUAAUGGUAAAAUAUAUAAUCCUGGAGGAUCGUAUUCAGCUGCUUGUCAGAAUUGCACUUGCAUUUUGGGUCAGUGGACGUGUAAUCAAGUUUCUUGCUCUGGAAACUGCACUGUGAAAGGAGGAUGCCACCUACAGACAUACGAUGGAAAGGAAUAUAAUUUCCAUGGCAAUUGCCAGUACUUGAUGUCCAAGGACAGAGAUAACAAAUUUGCCGUAAUAGCCAAAAUUGCCCAAUGUGGAAUGACAGAGACUGUGACAUGCCUGAAUGCUGUUCACAUCCAUUUAGAAAAGAUGAAAAUAAAGAUCUGUUAUUGUGGAAAUGUGCUAAUCAACAAUUUUUUGGUUACCCUGCCCAAAAUUAAUGAUAAAAUUGCUAUAUAUAAACGCUCGGCCUUCUACAUCUAUGUUGUGACCCCAUUUGGUCUUAGCGUGAAAGUCCAGGUGAAGCCGGUCUUUCAGCUUUUCAUCUCAGUGAAUUCCACAUUUCAGAACAAAACUUAUGGUAUUUGUGGAAACUUUAAUGGGAUUGAAGGUGAUGACCUGAUGACCAUCAGUGGGGUGGUGGAAGAUGCGGCAUCAGCCUUAGCCAAUUCUUAUAAAAUUCAGGCCAGCUGUGAUGAUGUUCCUGACUAUUAUGAUAACCCAUGCUCCAAAAGCAUUGUUAAAGAGGAAUAUGCAAAACACUGGUGCACACGUCUGGUGAAUAUCAAUGAUGUAUUUGCUCCUUGCCAUGAAGAACUGGAUCCCAAACCAUACUAUAAGCACUGCUUAUAUGAUGUAUGUAACUCAGACAACAGUGAGGAAGCUAUGUGUUCGUGGCUUGGAGAGUAUGCAAAUGAAUGUAGAAGCCUAAAUGUGUUUGUGGAAAACUGGAGAGAUAAGAAUUGUGAUCCUGGCUGUCCUGAAACCAUGGUGUUUUCUACUAGCCCAAGACAAUGCAAUUUCACCUGCAGCUCUUUGGCAGAACCCGACCUUCUCUGUCAUUUCAGAGCUGAUCCAAGAGAAGGCUGCACUUGUCCAAAGGGCACUUACCUGACACCAAAUGAAAAAUGUGUUACCCCAGAGGAUUGUCCUUGCAACUAUAAGGGGCUCACUGUUCCAGCUCAUCAAACCUUUAAAAUAGACGAGACCCUGUGUAAAUGUAUACGUGGAGUUCUGGAAUGUCCACAGGCAGAUGAGCACAGCCAUGUCUGCCAUCCACCUAUGUAUUAUUAUGACUGCAGUUCUCCUAAUCCAGAUACAGUGGGCUCUCAGUGUCAAAAAAGCUGCAAAACCCAAGACAUGGAAUGUUACAGCAAAGAUUGUGUGGCAGGAUGUGUUUGCCCUAAAGGUUUAGUGUCUGACGACAAUGGUGGUUGCAUCCCUGAAAGCAAGUGCCCAUGUGUGUACGGCGGGAAGUUUCAUGAAGCCGGAUCGAAAAUUAACAUAUCCUGCAAUACAUGCACCUGUAUGAACAGGACCUGGGACUGCACAAGUGAACAUUGUCCGAAGAUCUGCACAGUAUAUGGAAAUGGAAAUCUCAUCACCUUUGACAAGUCUUGGAAUUAUUUCAGUGGUGGCUGUGACUACAUCUUGGUUCAAGAUUUUUGCCCCAGCAAUGAAAAAGAUGGAACCUUUAAAAUCCUCAUACAAAAUAUUAUCUGCGAUGGGACCAGCGCAGUAUGUUCUCUGAAAAUCAGAAUCAUCUUGCUGAAUACAACCAUAGACAUAUAUGAAGGACAAGUAGAGGAAAGAAACCACCAUAACAAUAAGCAUAUAGACAAUUCCUACAGUAUUGACUUAGUGGCACAACAUAUUAUCUUCAAGACAGCGGAUGUAAUUCUGAUGUACGAUCAGAAGAUGACUGCUUAUGUUCAACUUUCAAAUUCAACUGAGGGGAAAGUUUGUGGACUAUGUGGGGAUAAUGAUGGAAAAGGAAUGAAUGACUUCACAUCUCCCUGGUCACAAGGAUGUGUUGAACAUAUAGGAUCUAGAUCUGAGUCCCCAUGUAUGAACAAGCCUGAAAAGCUAGCCUGGGCCCAAAAGCACUGUAACCUCAUCAAGAGCGAUGUGUUUGCCUCCUGCCAUGCAUCGGUGGACCCCAUCCCAUUCUUCGAGAAUUGUGUUGAUGAUACUUGUAGCUGUAGUAAUGAUAUUGGGGACUGCGAAUGUCUAUGCACUUCUAUAGCUGCUUAUUCCACAGAAUGCAAAGGACAUAAAAUCUGUAUAAAAUGGAGAACUCCAGACAUCUGUCCUUUGUUUUGUGACUAUUUCAACAAGGAUGACCACUGUGACUGGCACUACAAUCCUUGUGGUUCUCCUUGCAUGAAGACUUGUCUUAAUCCUCAAGGGGAGUGUGAAAUUUAUAAAGAUAUGCUUGAAGGCUGUUACCCAGAGUGCAAGGAAGAAAGACCCUACUUUGAUGUGGAGAAACAAACGUGUGUCCAUAUAUUGAACUGUUCAGUCUGUUCGGACUCACUUUGUGAUGAGCAGACAGGAGAAUGCUUAUGUUGCCUCAAUGGAAAGACUUACCGUAAUGGUGAAACCCUCACAUCAGUGAUAAAUGGACAGACAUGUGUCGUUGGAUACUGCAUUCAUGGGAAGAUUGCAUUGACUGACUCUCUUUGUGGAUUUACAACAUUACAAACUACAGCUUUACUCUCCACUGUUCCAUUAGAGACUGAAAUACUAAUAUCUGAAACUACAAAAACAGAUUUGUCAAAAUAUACACAUAGCAUUUUACCUUUUACUAAUGCCUCCACAACAAUACAACCAAAGUAUUUCUCAACAAAGUUAAUUCCAGUCAGUGGUUUAAGUCAAACAUCAAGUCGGUCAAUUACCAAAAGAGAAAGUACCCUUAUAUCAAAGUCAUCUUCUCGUAUCCUUCCACCAUAUUCUAGUACCGCUUCCCGUACAGUAUCUGAAUUAUAUUCAACGUUAAGGAGAACUUUUGCUUCUACAAAAAAAAUGACUCCGUCCAUAACACAAACCGUCUUCUCUAAAAAAUCCCUGCGCACAUCACCAGUACUCAUAUCACAGACUACAACUAUGUCUCCCCCUUAUUCAAAAAUGUCUACAAAUUUGAAAACAAGAAUCACUAGUACUCCACCCAUAACAUUUGUCGAUAUUUUUUCAACACCAAGAACUAUUAAGUCGCCUUCUACUCAACAGCGUACAACACGAACAGCCCCUUCUAAAACAACAACAAAACCUUACACAACACCAGUAAUAUACUCUGACACUUAUCCAACACUCAUUUCAAAGACUUCAACUAUAUCUACACCAUAUUCUGAAGGGACCACAACUUUAAAAACUCGUGCUACCACUUUUAUAAAAACAAGUGCUGGACCCUCUACAAAAAAAGUCCUUACCAAAACAACCCCUUACACAACACCAGUAAAAUACUCAACAACUUAUCCAGAAUUCGUUUCACAGACUACAACUUUGUCUCCACCAUAUUCUAAAGAGAUCACAACUGAAAUGACAACUACCACUCUUCGCACAUACGCAGAUUUUUCUUCAACAUCAAAGACAACGCAGUUACAUACUUCUACUCAAUCCACCACGCAAAGGGUUCUUUCUAAAACCACACCUCACACCACCAUGUUUCAAUUUUACAAUUCCACAUCUGCAACCACUAAACCUCCAACAACUACUGUGAGAUUGUCCACCGUGUCAAGUAAAUCAACAGCAAUGGAAACUACUGGAAAAAAAUCAACUCAGCUACGAACUGAUGAAACGCAUGUCAGAACUUUGAGUGAACAAGUGACAAAAGAAGCUGAUUGCUUACUUAUGACACUGCUCACAAAUAUAACAAAAGGAGAAUGCAGUACAACUCGUCCUGUGGCCAUGAAUUACUGUUCAGGACAAUGUUCUACAUCUUCAAAGUAUUCCCAUGAUUCAGACAAAAUGACACGAGAGUGUUCUUGUUGCAUGGACACAGAAACAAGCAACAAAAUAGUUACGCUUACCUGCCUUGACGGAAAUACAAAGCCUUAUACUUAUGAAUAUAUUGAGAAAUGUUCAUGUGUAGCUAUAACCUGUUUUAUGGAAAACUGAGAAAACCAAAUUGAGACAAAUGUUUUUCUAAUUAUAAGACAGCAUUCCGAUGAAAUUAUUGCUGACUUAUGUAAAUUCUACAAUCUAGCUGUAAAAUAAUGAAGACAACAUGUUUAGAUAAGUUUAGUAGUUUAAUUCUAGCAGAUGAAGAGAAAUUGUGACUAUUGUCAUUUUCUUAAAGGGGUAUCCACGGGAUAUGUGAUGAGAGUCAGAUAGUGUAAUCUGUCCACUGAGAUCUUAAGAACAGGGCCAGUACGGUGUUCAUUUUAGGACAUCAUCAGCCGUCAGCUGUACCUUGCUCAUCCUUCAGCCAAAACGGCAUCCCGCCUCCUCCUUCCUCUGUCAGCCAAAACCUUUG